AUGCAGAAAAGGGACAGGGAGAAGGAACAGAAUGGCAAAGACGACAAGCGAGGCGGAAAAUCUACCGGAUCGAGGGCAAUGCAUUCGGCAGUUGCCGGACGACAUGGGUUGUCAUCGUCAGCUAAUUCUAGUGUACUCAUGGUUGGCCCGAACUUUCGUGUCGGCAAAAAGAUAGGCUGUGGAAAUUUCGGUGAACUAAGACUAGGUAAGUACAAUAUGUAUGUUCAAAUAAUAUUGCCCAUAUGACAUACAUCCCUACUUUCCUAUCUAGAUUGUAGGUUUGUUAUAGGCAUUUGUUAUUUACUUGAAAUAGUUACUUGAAUAGGCAGUAUUUUAAAUUCUAUUUUAUCAAGUUGUACAUUAUACUGGCGUUUAAAAAUACCUAUGUUCUCAUAAGUAUGUUUAAAUAUAAACUGCAUAUUUCAAUGCUGAUUUUUAUAUAUUUUUGGAAACAUACAUUUUGAAUAUAAAUUAUAUCGGUGUUAAUGUAAAUCAAUAUUCAAUUUGGUAUUCAAUAGUAUAUUAAAAUAUAUACUUCAAGAUAUUCACCAAUACCUAUGUAGGUGAUUUUUUUUCAAAAUAGACUUUUUAUUUAGAAAAUUGUACCUAACUACAUUUAGAUACAUAUUUUAUCUGUCCAUAAUGAACAAUACGUACAAUUUUUUUAAAUGCCUAAAUCUAACAAUAUAUGCAUAUAUAUAUUUAAUUAGGUAAUUAUUAUAAAUUAUUAAAUUUGUAGUAAAUUAGGAACAAUGAAUUUAAAUAUUGACAGCUAUCUAGGUACUUAUGUAAUUGAAAAACAAUUUAUUAUUUUUUACUAUACUUAAUUUUGUUGUAAUUUUGCUACUAAAAUACAAGACACUUAAAAUGUUUGGUGUUAUUUAAUUAAAAUAAACUAUAAGUUAGUAUUUAGUUAUAUUUAGAUAAUAUUCUAUACUUACUUAUGGUAUUAAAUCAAUAUAAUAUAAACUUAUGAAUGUACUAUUUCUAAUCACUUUUAUCACUAUUAGAGUCAUUUAAAGAAAUUCCAUAUAAAAUUUUACCUGACAUCGGACAAAUUUCCACUGGACAAAAAGUAAGAUAUUGGAUAUUUUUUCCUUGAUAAAGGAUAUUUUUUCUCCAAUGUAAACAUAAUAUAGUACAAAAUAAUAUACAAAAUAAUUACAGAUUAUUAUUAUUAUUAUUAUGUAUAACAUAUUUAAUUAUUAAAAUACAUUACUGUUUUAUCAGAAAAAUAAUUAGGUAUUUAACUUUUCACAAAUGUAAAAGUUUUAAUAUCCUAAGAUAUUUAAUGGCCAUAAAUAACAUAAUUGGUCAAAUACAUAGUACAUAGUAUACAUAUGGAUUGCAUACUUACGUAUAAGUAACUAUAAUUAUUAUAAUACAUUUAUUAUUUACAGUGAAACUGAAAAAGGUUUACCAAAAAAUAUCUAUUAUAUUUUGUAAAUAUAUUAAACCGUUAUGCUAUAGAAUAAAAAGUCUAUGAAACAAGAGAAAUUGUACUUUAUGUUAGGUCUAAGAAAAAAAUAUUUUGAUAAGAAUUUCCAUACUAUCCAAAUUAUUUUGCCUAUUUUAUUAUAUUUCUGACUAUUAUGGUGAUGGAAGUGUAUUUUAAUAGAAUAACGUUUAAUGUUAAAGCAUUAGUACCAAAUCUUUUCAUUCAUAAAAACAGUUUUCAUUUAAAAAUAAAUUAAUAAUAUUGAUUUUAAAUGUUCAGGUAGGUGCAUCAUAUGUACAUUUAUAUCUUCUUAUAUUUACAAGUUAAACCAUUUAGAAUUAGGCCUUUUUGUUUUAAUAAUUUGUGUUAUAUUUUAUAAAGUAUAUUAAAAAUCAGAAAAAAAAAAGUUGCAUUUUUGUUAUUGAAGUAUAAAGGUUUAACAAAUUUAUAUUUAUAUAUAUAUAUAUAGUUUGUAAUUAGUUAUGUAUUAUUUAAUAUUUAAUUGAUAAUUUAAUAUUUAGUUAUAAUUUAACUAGGUAAUUCAUAAAUUAUUGUUUGAUAGGUAUUUACAAUAGGCCAAUUAAAAUUUACUAUAAUGCUCAAACAAUUUGAAUAACCUAAUAAACUUAAUAUUAUUACAAACAGAAUUGCAUAUUAAUGUUUCAUUCUAUACAUUUACAAUAUAUUAUAAUUUAAUCUAAUAUCUUUACUAUUUUUUUUAAUUUCAUAAGGUUACUUAAAAGUUAGAAUUCUGUAAACCUAAAUAUAAGAAUCAAACAGCUUAUAUUAAUUUUAUUCAAAGGUUUACCUAAUAAAAUGUAUCCAGGAAUUUGAGAUAUUAGGCUAUUUUUGAUGAACAUAGUAAACACAUAGUAAACAUAUUUAAAUAAAAAAAAAAAAAAAAUUUUAUUAUACAUUGUAUUCUAUUUAAAAUUAUAAAUAAAAAACUUUGCACAUUUUAGUUUUUUUAGUUAAUUUAAAUACUGUUAUUUUUAACUAAUUUUUUUUUUAUUAAUUCAACAUUUGAUUUUAAAAGUUUGUUGAAUAGCUUACUAAUUUAUUUAAAAAAAAGGUUUUUCUUAAAAUGUUUUUAAAAAAUGUCUUAUUUAGUAUUAUUGUGUGUACAAUGAUUAAAUUGAGUAUAAUUUGUACUUUAAAAAAAAUCAUCCAGCCUUUAAAAAUUACUUGUUGAACACUGCAAAGAGAACCAUAUUAUUUUAACUUAAUUUUUUAUUUGUAUGCCCACUUCAUUAUGAUUUAAAUGUUUGUCACAUUUAAAUCUAAAAUAUUUGUAUAGGUACCGCUAUCCUGAACCAAUGUGAUAAUAGAGUGCAGUGGCACAAACCAGGAUUUUUUGAAUAUAGAGGAGUACAGUGUGUUAUAUGUUGACAUAAAAAAAAUUUUUUUUACAAAAAACAAAUUUAUAUUACUUAAACAUGGAUGGAAGGGGCUGUCCAGACACUUAGGUAAAAGACUCCCCCUGGUUGUAUCAUUGACAGAGUGUUAAUUUAUUAACAAAAUCACAGUCUCUAUUUGUUUGUAAUAUUGAUUAAACAGUAAAACUGAGAUGUAAAUGUGUAGAGGUGUUAUUAAUUUUGAAACUAUUGGCAUGAUAUUAAAAAGGUUUGAAUUGGUCAUUAAUAGUUUAAAAUACUGUACAAUGAUUGUCUUUGAAUUAAAUUGAACAAUCGAUUUUGUAUUCUUUUUUAUUUUUUUUAAAUCACUGAUAAAAAAAAAAAAAAUAGUAAUAAGUGGUGAUUGAAAUAUUUUAAUAUAUCAUAAAUAAUGACCAGUAAAAAUACAGACAUAAUAUGUACAUACAUAUAACUAUAUGAGAUAAAAGACAACUAAUAAUUGUAUUGAUAAAGAAUUAAUAUUUUAUGAUACUAAUAAUUAGAGUAUUUAUAUUCCAAUCCAUUUAAAUAUUUAUUAUUUUAAACUUAAUCUAUUAUAUAUUUCAUUUGUAUACUGAGAAGGUAUUAUUCAAGGUAUUUUUGAUUUACUUUUCAAAAAUAAAUAGAUUUUUAUUUAUUCAUAAUGAAAAAAUUUCCUAUUAAUCCUUUCAAAAAUUUGCAAACUGACCUGUAACGAUUAUGACUUUAUUAAGUGUUAUGAUAAUCAUUCAUUAUAAUUUUAAAUUUAUAUUUUUGUAACUUGAAUAUUAUGUUAUUUACUCGGUUGUAGUUGUUUACUGGUAACAAUUGAAUACGUCAUGAGUUUUCAUAAAUAAAAUGGAUUGUGAAGAAAUGAUAAGUUGAUAUGCUCUUAUUAUAUUUAUUAGAUUUUAAUCUUCUUCUUCCUCCCAGCUAUUAAGUACAUUUUAAUAGCUAGUUACAGAUAUGUUUAGAUGAACUACAAUAAAUCAAUUUUAUAAUAUUACAUAGCUCUCUAUUUAUUGAACUAAAUUAUUUAUUUAAUACAUUAAUAUCAUAUUUAUAUCUAAACAUCUUUUAAAUGUUGAAAAUGAUUUGAAAUUUUGUCUGGUAAAACAACCAAGUGUUAUAACACUGUGUUAUAAUUGAUAUAAAUUACCUAUAAUUGAUUUUAGUAAGCCACACUGAUUCAUAUUCAGAGAUUUAUAGUGUAUAUUCCAUUGUGUGGUGAAAAAAAAUAAAAUGAAAAUAGUAAUUUUAUUAGAUUUACAUAAAUUAGUAUGCCAUUUUAUUUCUAAAGGAAAUUUCAUUUCUUACUUCAAUAGAAAAUAAUAAAUAAAUAAGUUUGAAUUUUAAAUGUUGGUUUGGUAUAAGUCCAUAAUAUAGUUUAGAGUUAAUGAAAUUAGUUUUUAUAACCGUUUGAAAUACCAUAUUAUGUAUAAUAUGGUAUUUCAUAGGUAAUAUACCUAUGCAUGUUAUUAUAUUCAUGUUCACAAUUUUUGGGAGCUAGCACGUUUUUGAUUUGUUUAAUUUUUGAUUUAUGUUUAACUAAAUUUUUAAUGCCAUUAUAAAAUGCCUACAUUUACAUUCAUUAAGGAACAUGCGGAAUCUAGGUUUACUUUCAUAGCUAAUACAUACAGGAUAAUAAUAUUUAGUACAUGCAUCAAUAAAGUUAGUUUACUUCUAUGUAUAAAUGACAUUUAUUUUUGGAUUCAAUUUAUACAUUUUUAUAUUAUUAUAAAAUGUUAAUAGAAUUUAUCAACUUCUCUCCUAAAAUAUAUAAGAAGGUUGGUUUUUUUUUUGUAUUGGGCUAUUUGACUUUGUUUUGUGUUUAACUUUGGUGCAACUUGUUUUAGAUAAAGUUUGCAUAAAAUAAUAAAUACAUAUUGUUAGUAUUCAUAAAUUGAUAUAUAUAUAUUAGAUACAUAUACUAUACCUAUAUACCAUUUCCUAUAUUGUAUGAUUAUAUAUUUAUUACAUAAAUUUAUGUAUUAUAAUAAAUCAUAAUUUUAGUCAUACAAAUUUGACUGAUUUAAUAUUUCAAAUAUAUGACGGAAAAAUGAUAUAAAAUACCUUUGAGUAAUAAUAUUCUUACUUUUUAAUUUUACCAUAGAUAUAAUAAAAUAAUUUGUCUUGUAUUGCAUUUAAUUGUUUCUAAAUAUCACAGUAUUAUUAAUAGUUCAAAACAAUUUUGAAAUAUUCUACUUUUGUGUAGAAAUAUUGUAUUCGUAUCAAAUAUUAUCAAACAAUGAUAUUUACAAAUAAUUUUGGAAAAUGACUAUACCUAUGUUUUUUUUAUGAACAUGUCCAUAAAUUACAAUAAUUUUUAUUAUGUUCAAAGAAUAUAUACCUUCCAUGAUUGAUAAGGUUUGUUCUUUUGUUUACUUUAUAAACUUUGUUGACUUUGUUUACAAUAAGAUCAAGAGACCAGUAGUAGGACUCGGUGUCAACAUUUACACUGUAUGUAUGUGUGUGUGUGUGUGUGUGUGUGUGUGUGUGUGUGUGUGUGUGUGUGUGUGUGUGUGUUUGUCAUCAUUAAGUUAAAUUAUAUUUUUAUAAUAUGUAGCUUUAUUAUAACCAGCUGACAUUUUAUUUACACCAUUUAUUAUUGGAUAAUUCCCAAUACAUUCCCUACCUAACCCCAAAGUGAAACCUUUAAAGAUUUGUGUUACAUCACAAAGUCUGAAUUGUUAAAUUUGUUACACUGUAUUAGUUCCGGUUGCUAUAUAUUAUUACAAAUACACACACACACACACAUAUAAUACACUAUUAUAUUUUUUCUUUAUAUCUAUUCCAUUAGUGUAGAUAGAUACGAGUUAUAAAUAAUAUAUAAUUCUAAAAUAUAUAAACAGAAUUCAAUGGAAAUUAAUUUAAAUGCCAUUAGAAUAAUACCUACUGUAAAACCUUGUAUUAGAUAGGUAGGUAUAUUUAAGUUUUUAUAAUAACUAGAGCUCACAUUUAAAUGCACUAAAAAUCAUUGAAAAUUAAUCUUAAAAAAGUCUUUAAAAAAAUGACAUACACUUUUUAAAUUUAUUGUUUUAUUGGGUAAUUUACAACAUUGAUAUUUUAUUUAAAAACUGAACCAGUUAAUAAUAUUAUUUAUUAUUUGCCAAGUCCGGAUGAUUAUAAAUAAAGAUAAGAUACAGACAUUAUUGCAAUUAUAAAAUGCUUUGUAAAUAAUUUGUAUGCAAAAACCCCAAAAACAUGAGUAAUAUUAUUUUUAAUUAUAUAGCCAAAUUUAAAUAAUUAAGUCGUGUUAUGAUUAAAUAUAUCAACUAUAUAUUUUGACCGAUGGUCGUAUUAUGUACAAAUACUACAUUAUAUUGUUUAAAUUUAUGCAAUAGAACGAAAAAAUGACCAAAAAUCAAAAGACAUUGAAAAAUCAAAAAAAAGUUGAAAUAAAAGUUUCACCUUUGAAGUCUCUGUUAAAUGAAUCAAAUUAUGUAUUUGGAAAGUAUUGUAAUGUCACUAAAAAAGAAAAAAUGAAUUUUGCAUUGAAAUCCGGUCUCUAAUAAACGCAUUGUUGAAGACUCCCUAUCAAAAUAUAAUAUACAUAAGUCCGAUAAUGAAAAAGAGAAAAUAUUAAAAAUGAAAAGAAUACUGUAAAAAGUCUAAAAAGUUUAGCUACUAUUUGUCAGUCUUUGGAUCUUGUAAAGAUCCAGUAUACCAAAAAUAGGCUGUGAAUUAAUAACUUACUACUGUGAAUAAUAAAUUAAUUUAUAUAGGUACAAUACACAUUUCAUGUUAUAGUGUUAUAAAAUACUCGUAAAUUCUUUAAUGUUGUGAUAGUAUUUUCAAUUUUCCUAUUUAUAAUAUAAUACAAUAAUUAUAAUGUAUCUUAAUUUUUUAACAACCGUAUAAAUAUAUUAUAUUGUUAUUGAAUUAUAAAUAGUAGAAUGGUGUAGUAAAACUGCGAUUUGUGGACCAAACGAGUAUCUAUUAUUAAUAUUUUUAGAUUUUGAACGAGAAAUUCAUUGUUUUUACAAUAAGACGUUUUUUAUUGUAUACGUUUCGUUGGGUAAAAUUAAUUGUUUAAACAUUUAUGUAGGAAUAUCUAUUGAUUAUUAUGAAUAGAAGUUCGGAUACAGAUGUUAAUUAAGAGUAGUUAGUUUUAGAAUUUUUUAGUAUCUAGUUUAAAAAAAAAUAAUAAAAGAAAAAUCGAAAACAAAUGUGAAAUCAAUGAAAUUUAUAACACGUAAAUUUGCAAAAAAAAUAAAGAAACCAAUUCGGAAAGUAAUACGUACCUAAAAUUAUAAAAUUAAUGUUAAUCUAUCUUGUAUUUUUAGUCGUGUCAAUAUUUUAAGAAAAACAACCAUUUUAUUUAUCUAGAAGUAUGUAUAGAAGUUUUUAAUAAGAUAUCAUGUUUUUAUACCAUUGAAUUAAUUUAAUUAAAUUUAUAAUUUUUUUUUAUUUCAAACACUUUGGCGAUUGUCAAUAUGAUAAUAAUAAUGUACUAGUCUAAUUAUGUUUCAUAUUAGGUAGAAAAAAAAAUUGCUCGAAUGUAUUUUGUCUUCAAGUUGUACGUAUGUUGUACUCAUCUUUAAUAAUUUAUCAAAUUUGAAAAAAAUUGAAUACUGUUUACCAAAAAUUGUUUUCGGAUUAUUAUUUUAGGAUCGAAAAUCUACAAAAAUAAUUACCAACUAUGUACAAUUGACAAACUACAUAAGUAUAUAACAGUACUAUGGUAUGGAGUGGUUUUUUUUUUUUACUUAAAAAAAUUAUUCCCGAGAAAAAGCACAUACGCUAGAUUUGUUCGGAAUUCAAUAAUAGUAGACUCAAAAUCGCGGUAAUAAUUUAAUAUUUUUAUAUUCUUGAAAAUGGUACAAGUCAAUAUGAUUUCAAGCAUCUAUACAAUUACAAUCAGCGGCAAUAAUAUAAUUUUUUAAAUUUUUCUAAAAAAAAUAAAUAUUUGUUCGAGUUCUGUAAAACACGAUUAUUGGUUGUUUCUUUUUAGGUUUCUUUUAUAAUACUUAUCUACGUCCUACAUAUAGAAUUCUCGUUUUAAAUACUAUAUCCGGCCAUUUCUUUCGUAGCAACUUUGGUUAGCAUGUGGUGAUCGAUGGUUGCUAAGUCUGGAAAAACGCAUGCCUAUUAUUUUAUAGUACCUAUAUUUAAGUAUUAAUGUUUAAGUUGAACUAUUUAUUUAUUUUUUUUUUCUAAAGUGUAAAUAUUAUUUUUAAUAUACCUAUACAAAUAUAUAUAUUGUUUUUAUCCAUUUUACUAAGUCUAUAUGUUACUAUCUGACUUGUUGUACUUUUAUCUAUAACUAUUACUGUGUUGUAUAAAUAUUAAUCUCGUAGGUACUAUAUAAUAUUAUUUCACAAAUCUCCCGUGGUAAAGUGUCUCGAUUUAGAGUGUAUCUUUUUAAGCUAUUAUGUUUAUAUACCUUGACUGACACUAAAUUAAUAUAAUGCCUAUUCUAUUAUCGAAUAGCUCUUAUAUAAUCGAUUUCAGACAAUUAUUUUUAUUUAAUUAUUGUUGACAUUAUCUGAAUGAAGGAAUACAAACCUUAUGUCAACUGUUGUAGGCUUCUUAUUACCUAUAAACAGUAUCUAGGUUUGUACUUUGUAUUCUCAAGUUUUGGAUAACUUAAUCAAAUAUACUAAACACUAUUGAAUGUAUACUUCAUUUAAUUUUCCAGAAUCUAUAUUACCGGGAUAAUUAAAUUUCACUGGUGUUUAUUGAUCCCUUUAAUAUUAAUCGAGUGUGGGGGUAUCAUUUCUUUGGUGACAUCUGAUCGAAGGGGGAAUACAUUUUCUCAUUUGUAGAGGUUUAUAAAUUACAUAUUACCGGAGUAAAUACUAAUAAAUUAUUAAAAUAUUAACUAUCGAUUCAUUUCAGAGAUAGUGCUGCAGGUAUUUAUAUAAUUUAUAUUUUUCUCGAUGAAUUGCCUCAAUAGUCAAUUAUAUAGGUAAUAAUUUUAGCCACGGAAACAUGAUUAUUGUGUACAUUAAAAAAAAAUUGUAACGUCGAAAGUGUUACAAUUUUCGAUCAAAAAAAAACAUAAAAAUCAAUUAUAACACUGAGAUUAAUGUAGAAUGAGUGAAUGUGAAUUAAAUGAAUGUACAUAUUAUUUACAAUUAUUUAAAACUGAUUGCGAUUUAUAGUGUUAUGCCAUAGUCUUUCAAUGGUUGGUACUUACAAAUUAAAGGUACCAAACAACUUAGAAUUCAUUAAAUUCUCGUAAAUUUGGUAUUUCUUUAUUUCGUUUUGAGAUAUAAAAUAAUAUCAUUAUGUGCCUACUGUGAAUUAACUAUUAUUUUCGUACUACUAAUUUUAUUGUCGAUAAAAAAUAUGUCUGGAUUAUAAUCUAUCUGGUCCCCCACACGAACCUGUUCAGUGAAACCUAUUAUCUUUCCGAAUAAAUAAAUAUUAACAAUAAUAAUAAUGAUAAUAAUAACAAUAACAAUAAUAGUUAUGAAUUGGGGCGCGAUCUUUUUCGGUCAGUACACGAUUUUGGUCAUCAAUGUAAGAUUACAGGGCAUAUUUUAGGUGUGUGAUAGGGGUAACCGCCCCUCCUGAAUCUGUAUUUAGGUAUGUAACUAGUAUUUUAGUAUAUCAAUUUUGUUUUUUUAUGUUAAUUAAAAUUUUAACAUAAAUUACAACACUGACAAUUAUGAACAUACAAAGCCCAUAGUUAUUAAGUAGUUAAGCCAGUUUGCGAACAAAACUUUAAAUUUAGUUAUUGGAGAACAUUAUUAUUUAUAGUUCAUAGUUAUUGGUGUCGGCAUGCAUAGGAAAGGUUGGUGUAUAAAGAGUUGAGAGUUUUUAAACUUAGCCUAUUAGAAUGAAGAAUAAAGGUUUCAAGCGAACUCUUCCAAUUCUUGCUUCCGUAGAUUCCUGAUUGAACGAAGGAGGAUAGGAAUUAGAUCAGAGUUGACAGUCAGAGCACAGUGAAGAACACUACAGAUGUAUAUUAAUGGUUGAUUCAACCAGGACAUCAGCUCGCUCGUUACUCAAGAUGCCAAUAUAGCCAGGAAACCUACUGCAAUGAAAUAUGAACGGGGUUGACAAUGAACGGCAUAAGAAUAUAGCGGACUUUUUAUAUAAUCGGAAAGCACCAAGAAUUAAAUGUAUUAACAUAUAAGAAUAGCUAGAUAUUAUGAGGAAAUUAUCUGGAGAGAGAGACCGGAUGCAAAUGAGAGAUUCUAAGGUAGUACUGCAUUCAGCCGUGAAAGCAGAAAUAUAAGGAUAUAACUUGGUAGUCAAUUGAAUACGGAAUUCGGAGAAAACAAAUGAGUAAUCCGCCCCAGUAGAAUUAACUGAGCUACCAGUAAAAACUAGAAUACUAGAUGGGUGAUUUUCUUGAAUGUGUUGUUCAUACAAAUUGUCAACAAUGCACGAAGACGUGACAUGGAACUUCAUAAAGCCAAGGAAGUUUAGAGUAAUCAUCAUUAAUGUAGAUAAAGUGAAAGAAUUCCAUAAGUUCCAAAAAAAAGGGGGAUGGAAAAUUCGGAAAAGUAGGCAAACUAGUCAGGGAAGGUAAUUGUUUUGGAUCUAGGGGGUCGGAUGAAGAGAAAGCCCGGCGGAAUAAAAACUGCUAUUGUCGAUGACGUAUCAUUGAAAAUACUGAAGGUUACCGUUUUGGAAUCAUUAGUUUUUUACAGAAAUUUGACAAUCGGUGAUUAUAUACUCCGGAUUAUAACGUUAGGACUUUAUACUUUAUUACGUUUCGGAUUAUUGCGGUCAGGCGUUUUACGUUCUGGAGCGUAUUACAUUACAGAAUUUUAUCAUUCCGGAAAAUUAUGGCCUACCGACUACCGUAUUUGAAUUGGUUAAUAACAAUUUCGAAUUUUGAAACUGAGUGUAGCGAAGAAUGUAUUAGUUUUACUAAAAUGCUUACUUUUUUUUUUUAUACUAUGUAGUGUAUAAAAAUUCUACCAGAAAUCUUUCUCAGAUAUAUACGCGUGGCACCAUUUCUAAAAGGAAAUAUUGUCUAGAUGGUACUUUUGGGCGGUCAUCUUUUGAUUUUCUAAGUGGCUUUCAUAAUAUCUGGGAAAAAUCAGGUUAAAACGUAAGAAAAACGGAAAAUUAACGAAAAUAAUGCUUUUAUUAUUUUUCAAUUUUGUUAUUUGUUGUAAUUUGGUUAAAAAUAGUCGUAGAGACUUGAAAGGUAGAUAGAAAACUUAUAUUUGCCUUUUCUAGACAUGGUAUAAUUUUCGAAACAUUUUUGCCAUUUUUAAGCUUUUUAUAAAAGUUUUAAUUUUGCGAGUUUUGUACUUAAUUUUUAUUCGUUAGGUACUUUGUGGUAAAAUUGGUUUUUUGUUGUAAUUCGGUUAUAAAUAACCGUAGAGACUUGAAACUUGGUAAUAAUACUUAUAUUGGACUUUUUUAGACGUGGUGAAAUUUCAAACAUCUUCGGGCGACUUUUUUUUUGAUAUUCGUUUUAAAAUCAAAUUUAAACGAAAAUCGUAAAAAAAGUUACGGCACUUCAAAUUAUGUAUUACCGAACUGUGCUCGGAAUCGUUUUUCGUCAAACAAUGGUUUAUCGUUGCUUACAGUUAUAAAUGAAAUAAUCCUAACUUGUUUUCCUGGCAAGUAUCCUGACACGUAUCCUACCUUCCCAGUUUCUCACCUAUUAAAGUGGCCGCUCCCAUCUCGAGUAUCAGUUCUUUUUAUACUGGCGAUAUUGCAUAAUAUUUUUUUUACGACAUUCAAAAGUUCGUAAUCGCGGUCGAUUCGUUAAAUUUGUAGUACUAUACGAACACAGAACAAUAAUUUUGAAAUAAAAAAUAAUAUAUAAUAUAUUUACAGUGAAUUCACGUACUCAUGCUGUAGGUAUUAUAAUAAAUAGGUACUCCUGAACUAUAAAUAUUAUAGGUACCUUCAUUCUUAAUUUAAAAUUUAAAUUGUCAGAAUUAAUGUUUAAUUAGAUUCUUUAUUGUUAUUAUUUUUUCUAUUCUAGAAAUUCGUUUGAAUGUUAUACAAAUGACAUAAUAUUACAAUUUAAAAACGUAUGUAUCCUAUUAUACAUUAUGUGUCAGCCGUUUUGGAGGACAUUUUAAAAUUAAUAUUCCACGCUGCGUUAUUCGAUUUUGGAUUAGCAAGAGACUAUUCAACGAUCUAUAUUACUCUCGAUGUACUCUUUUGUGUAUUCAAUACGUCUCAUUGUUCGUUAGACCGUACUUACCCGAGUUACAAAAUAUAAUUCCUUUUCGAUUUAUUUUCAACGAUUGAUAUGUUAUAAUAAUAUAAUAUACUAUGAUAUUUCGUAGUAUGCAAACUAGAGUGUUAACUAGUUGUAUUAUAGUUGUAGGUAUCGUUGACAUUUUUAACGUAUGAUAAUAAUUUUUUAUUUUAUGGAAAUUAGUAUAACAAAAAAAAAAAAAAAACGUGCUUUUUUAAUAAUAUAAAUAAUAUGUUUGUUUCAGGAAAAAACUUAUACACAAACGAACAUGUGGCAAUAAAAAUGGUAAGAUUUCAUAAUAUCCUCACUAUAAAUAAAAUACAAUUCAAAUGACAGCCAUAUGUUAUACAUAUUAUGUGCAUUAUUUUAAUAGGUCUAUAUAUAAUUAAUUAUCCAAUUUAUUUUUAAUAUUUAAGGAGCCAAUGAAAUCCAAAGCGCCUCAAUUGCAUUUGGAAUAUCGCUUUUAUAAAUUACUUGGAUCUCACGGUAAAGAUAAUAUUUUAUAUUAUGUUUUUUCACUUGUUAUUGUUUUAUUAUUUUUUUUUGGUGAUAUUUCAUUUUUUUUUUUCUGUUAAUAUUAUUAUUAUUUAUACACAGUGUUUAAAAAUCCAAAAAUUAUGGAAAUCUUAAAAGUAGAAUUUAUAAUAGUUUUUUUUUGAAAAAAUCUUAUUUAUAAACCGUUUGGAGCGAUUGGUAAUCCCAGUUUUGAAAUUCACACUGACAAAAUAUAUAAUAUGGCGUAUUUAUAUACAGAGUGAUUAACAUAACGUAAGAAACUCAUUAUCUUCGAAAGUGUUCAAUUUUUUCGUAAUUUGUUUUCAGAAAUUUUGAGUUACAAUCACUAAAUUGUUGCAUUUGUGUUUUUUCUGUCCUUUUGCGAUGGAACCUAUUUACCGACUUUUGAUUUUCAAAAAGCAACCUAUAUAUUUAAAAUAUCUAAAACUAGAUGGAUUAUCAGUUUAAACACAUUUUGGUGUUGACAUUUUUAAUAACCUAACUUCCAAAAUAAGGAUGAUCUAAAAUAAUGUAAAUUUAACAUUUUAGAGCAAUUUGUUUCUUAUAUAAUGUCUAAAAAAAAAAAAACAAAUCCGAAAUAAAAAUUUAAAAAAUACUUCCGAGAUAGCGACUGUCUUACAUUAUUUGUAUUUAUUUCAUUAGAUAAAUCUGACGGAGUUAUGUUGAUCACUCUGAAUAAUUAAAAAAAAUUGUUCCAAUAUAUUUAAAUUUUUUUUUAAAUAUUUUAUGAAAUCCAACUUUCUCUGCUAAUCUAGUCUUAUUACUCUUAUUAGUAACUUAUAACUGAUGUUGUAAGACAAUCAUAAUUACCACUAGUUAUAAUUUUUUUUCGCUUCCAAUUUUUAACUAGGUUUUCGGUGUUUUUACACAUUGAAAUUCUUUAAAUAAACCUUUGAAUUGCCAAUAUUUGUCGUUUAAUUCAUUAAAAAUAGAAUUGAACGUUCAUUAAGAGAAGAGGGGCUAUUAGGGAACAUGUCCCUUAAGAUUUUUAGUAUAAACCAUAAACUUCAACGAUAUAAUUCAAUUUUUUUUUCUAAUAGGCAAUAAUAGUUAAUCAUUAUUUUAUCCCUGCUACUGGAUUUCCUUAGACAAGUGACCUUGAUAAUACGACAUAUUGUAAUCUAAAUUUUAAUAUAAUUGUUGCAAAGUGUAUACCUAUCGAUUGAUGAUAAGUAAAUAAAGAAAUCUAAAUAAAACUAAUAUAUUGUACAAGUACAAGUCGAUUAUAAAAUUCAAAGGAAAUUUAAUAUCAAUAAUGAUAGCGUAUUAAUUGAAUGACUAUUAUUAGCAGGAUAAAAUGGUUUAAGCCUUUAUUUUUAUAAAAUGAAAUGAACGAGAAACACUAUUCCUUUACACUGAUAAUCCGUAUUAUUUGAAUUUUCGAAAUUCCUUGCAUAAUUUUUAAUAACCUCAUACCUAUAAUUUAUUAAGCUGUAUGCAUAUAAUGUAUAAAUGUUAAAUUUGUAUUAUUUAAUUUAAAAUAGAUGGCAUUUGUAAAUGUACCAAUUUUAUCGGGUAAAUUAACAUAUAAAUGCAGACUAUCUGAAUUGUUGAAUAUUAUACCUAUCCUAGAUUGGUUAGAUCAUAAUAUAACAUGAUUAUUAUUCCUUUGCGGUUAUUAUAUUAGAAAUGUAGGAUACUAUUAUCAGUAUUAUUUAAAAUAAUAUUCUCAGGAGCACAUUCAAUACUAUGCUCGGUUGUAAUAAGAAGUGUACUACUGUGGUACACAAUACAACACAGAUGAUACAGUAUCAAUACAUUUCCAUUCAUAUAAUACUCUAGGUAUAAUACUCGUAUGUAUAAAACCCAUAGUACAAUAUUUUAUUAGCAUCAUCCCAAUAUUGUGGUCCUAUUGUGUACUGCAACAAUAUUAUAUAUUGUUAGAAAUUUCAAAUAAUUUCUGUUAUAACACACAAAAAAAAAUAAUUUUAACAAUAUUUAAAAUAUUAUUAAAACAUUUAUUAGAUACACACAAUUAUUAAAUUAUUAUCGUGAAGUUGUUGAUAUUAUAUAAAUUAGAAGAACAGUGGUAUACAAUUAAUAGUUCUCCAUCACCCAAGAGAUUAACGUAGGGUUAACUGAAUUAAAAUAACUAUUUUGUUAUUUAUGAUAGUGUUUUUUUUUUUUUCAAAUUCGGAGAGUAGUAAUGAGUGAUCUAUUGGUUUUAUUUAUUAUAAUGUGAUUUUUUAUUUGGAAACUAUGUUUUCUUGGUUUUUACCAGAAAUAUCAAUUGUCACACUCGAGCUUAAAGAACAAAGUGAAGAUUUUUAACUGUUACUUGAGUGUAAUAAAAUAACCAAAACCCUUAGUGGAUCAAUGUCUAAAUAAUCAUAUAGUUAGGUAAAUUGGACAGGUGAGUGUCGGUUUGUAUACAAAGGACACCAAACGAUCUGUCUUUUGUAUAGAGAGGGGAGGAGUGUUAUAAAACGGCCAAAUCUUAUUUUAACCGAUUGUAUUUAAGCGGAACAUGAAAUUAUCAGAAAAUAUUUUCGUCAAUAGUCUAUCGGCCGAAAAUAAAAAGGAUUGAAUGUAUUUCCGCUGAAACACCCGAAACUACUGAUUAUCUACUUGUAAAUUUCUUAUCAUUGUUUUUAGUCAAAUAAGGUUAAUUUAUAAAAUUUUAAAAUUUGAACUUCGAUUUUUGAAAAAAAAAGUUGAUAAGUUUGAAAGAACGUGCAAAGUUUCAGUUAUAAUUCAAAUUGGUUACUUUUUAUUUUUUAAUAUUGAAUACAUUUUAUUUUAUUUUAAUUAAAUACAUAAAUAUCUGUAUUUUUCCUGGUUUUUUAAUUUCAUUAUAAUAACUGCUUAGAAAACCAAAAAAUGAUCUCACUUAAGUAUCGCCUCAGGAAAAUUAUCUCUUAGAAAAGUUGUUCACAGAAAAAAAAAAACAUUAUUAUAAAACCAAUAGACUCCUUACUCUAUUCAUAAUUUAAAAUGUAGUACAUUCCACUAGUUAUAGUAAAUUACGUGUAUCACGUCCAACUCGUGAUUAAAUAUUGAAAUAAAAAUAAUUACAUAAGACAUGGUAAGAUGUAACCAAAUACUCCAAAUUAAUUUUCAAAUAUGAGAUUGUUAACUACUGGAAAUUAUACAAUUUAACAUCUUUAAUUAAAAGUUUAACUUUGAAUUCAAUUUUUUUUGUGAUUUGCAAUAAAGAUAAACUAAUGGCAAGGUUUUUCAUUUUUAAAUAAUAAUAUGUACGAAAUUUUCUUUUUAUUUAUUUCUUAUCAUGCGUUAUCGUUUUUUGGAAGAUCUGACCUUAUCUCUUUAUUACGGUUGGCUGUAUUGUUUUCUGUUAAAAUACUAUCGGCUCAAAUAUUUGUCGGCUUAAAUACAGUUUUUUUUUUGGUUUUUACUCGCUCUUUGCAUAACUAACUGCAGGUAGUAUUUCGUAGAAUUAUUUACUUAUCGACCAUAACGUUCACCUAACAUUCGAAUUGUUUUAUUGUAAACAAAAAUAUUUUAGUAAUAUCGGGGAAAAGUAACGAAGUAAAACUAUCGAUGGUAUAAACUUUUCUAUAGUGUUCAUCACUAAUUUUAUCAAAUUUUCACAAAAUCGUAAAUAUUGCUUUUCAAAAUAAUGUGUUACAAUUCGAUCAAAAAUAAUCAUAGAAAUCUGAAUUUUGCUCCAAUCAAAAGAUAACAAGAAUUUUUCUAGCACCUUAGAUUUAAUUGGGGUUUGAGGAGAUAAUUUUCCAGUUUUCAUAAUAAUUUGAGAAAACCAGAAAAAAAAGUUUAAUGUAAAGAGGUAGUUUUUUAAUGUAGGUACACUACACACAUUUAAAGUUCAAAUUUGAACAGAAAUUAUGAAUAGCAUAUCAUUUUAAAAUUUAUUUUUAGAUAUGUGAGUAUAAUUUUUUGGCAAAUCCAAAAUGUUUAAACAUUGUACAUGAGGUUCAUCUUAAGCUAUGCUUGUUUAAAAAAAAAGUUAAGCAUUUUAAUAAUUUAUUUUAUAAGCAUUAAGUUUAUAUUUUCAUGAAAAUCUUAAAAAUCACGUCAUUUAAAAAUAUAUUGAAUAGAACUUUGUCCUGAACCUUAUUUCGUCAGUAAUACUGUAAUCAUUUAAUUAUUCCAUCUUUUCAACUUCUCACCUACAACAUUGGAUACCUAUCAGGUAUUUUAUUUUUGUCUGGUUACAAAUAAAUAAGUUAAACGACAUUUUAAAUUGUUAUUUUCCAUAAAAAAUUGAAUUUCCUACAUCCAUUGAUACUUUUUUUUCGUAUAUAUUUAGGGAGCUUAAAAUGUCUAUUUAUUAAUGGGAAUUUUUCUAUUUUUGCCAGUAUUAUAAAAUGCAGUACUCUUCUAGUUGAUUCUUACAAUAUAAUGUAACAAUAAUUUAUUUACACUUGGUGUUUCUGAUAACAAAAAAUGAAACUAUAGUUACAUAUUUUAUUUUAUUAUAGAUUAAAAUAAAACUAAUAUAACUACAAAUUACGUGAUAUUUCAUUAAAUUCACAAUUUUUUUUUAGUUGAAAAGUAGCAAAUAAUGAGCUAUUUUCUUAUAAAAUAUACAGUAAUCGUGCUAUACCCUAUUUACGAAACUAAAACUAUAUGUUACCAGUAUCACUACUAAAAAAGGUAGCAUACUACAAGUAGAGAACUACUUCCAACCACUGUAAAUAAUAAUAAUAAUACAUUAAGUUUUUCACAAUUUGAACAUACUUAAUUUUAAAUUUGUUUGUAUUUUGCCAUUUCUCAAACAUUAUAAUUUAUUUAUUAUAUUUGUGUUUAUUAUUUUUGAUGUACAUGCACUUGUUGUUAACUAUUAUUAAUAUGAAUAUUUUUUUGCUCAAUUUCAAAGCUCCUGCUUUCUUCUCAGAUGGCAUACCAGAAGUAUUUUUUUUUGGUCCGUGCGGCAAGUAUAAUGCUUUAGUAAUGGAACUCCUUGGUCCUAGUCUUGAGGAUUUGUUUGAUAUGUGCGGACGAGAAUUUUCGCUCAAAACUGUUCUAAUGAUUGCCACUCAACUGGUAAUUUUAAUAUUUUGUAUUAGUGAUAGUACCUAUAAAAUUAAUAAAAUGUAGUUGUGUCCCACCCACAACAUUUUGAAUAUUGUAUAUCUAAUUGAUUUUUUUUCUUUAGUUGCACAGGAUAGAAUAUGUUCAUGGUCGACAUCUUAUUUACAGAGAUGUUAAACCAGAAAAUUUCCUCAUUGGUCGUACAUCAACGAAAAAAGAUAAAACUAUUCAUAUUAUAGGUUAAUUACUAUAUUAUAUUUUACUAAUGAAAUUUGGAAAUUGUCAAACUCAAAUUUGUGUUAUAUUAUAGAAAAUAUUAUUUUUCUAUCUAGAGUGAAUUAGCAUAUAAUAUUAUUUUAAUUAUAUUUUAUUGUGCGCACAAUUUCAACAUAUGAAAUAAUUUUAACAAUGCACAUUUUAUUUUUUUCGAAAUGUGAAGUAUUUUUAUUAAAAGUUCUCUAUUUUAUUUUAAAAUUUUAAUUUAUUUUGUUUUAAUGCUAAAAUUAAUCCGAAUAAUGUUUUAUUUUCAGAUUUUGGUUUAGCUAAAGAAUAUAUAGAUUUAGAAACAAAUAAACAUAUACCAUACCGGGAACAUAAAAGUUUAACUGGUACUGCAAGAUAUAUGAGUAUAAAUACACAUUUAGGAAAAGGUAUUUAUUCAUUUUCAUAAUUAAUACAUUUAAUGACAGUAUACUCAAAUAAAUGUAUACUGACAAUUAUACUAAUUUUAAUUAGUCAUGUUCUAUAAGAUAAAUAUUUAUGUGUAGUGUAUUAAAAAUUUUGGUUAGCUAUAACAUAGAUUUAAAAUUAAAUUACUUUAUAUAGUGGUAUAUGCCAACAGUAGUUUUAAUACAGUGCAUUUAUUAGAAAACAUUUUAUCUACAAAUUAAUAUUGAGAAUGUGCAUUUUUUAUGUUAUCAUAGAACAAAGUCGAAGAGAUGAUUUAGAAGCACUUGGACAUAUGUUUAUGUACUUUUUAAGAGGUUCAUUACCAUGGCAAGGCUUAAAAGCUGAUACUCUAAAAGAACGAUAUCAGAAAAUAGGUGAUACAAAAAGAGCCACUCCUAUAGAAGUUUUGUGUGAUGGAUACCCUGGUAUGUACUUGAGUCUUAAAUUGUCUACAAACGAUUAUUGUUUUAAUUAUUUAACUAUGGUUUUUAGAGGAAAUGGCCCAGUAUCUACGUUACGUUAGACGGUUGGAUUUCUUUGAGACGCCAGAUUAUGAAUAUUUGCGUACAUUAUUCAAAAAUUUAUUUGAGAAAAAAGGUUAUGUCAAUGACUCAGAAUUUGAUUGGACGGGAAAAACUAUGGUAUGUUUUUUUUUUACUUAAAAAUCAUUUAUAUAAUAUUUAAGGUUACAUGAGAAUAAAUAACAUGAAUUAUACUAUAGUUUUCUUACAUGAAUUAACCAUUUUAUAAAUAAUAGAAUUAUAAAAUAGCAUAUUCUUUUAUUAAUUUGUUUUUUGUUUUAUUAUUAAUCAAUCAAUUUGCAACUAUGUUUUAAAGCCUUUUUUUAGUAGUAUUUUUAAUGAACUAACUCAAAUAUGUUUAAUGAAUUUUGAUUAAGUAUAUUUGAACCAAUUUCCUUGAACAAUACAAGUCAAACAGUGAAACUAAAUGACAGCAGAAGUAUAAAAGUUAUUGACUGAUAUUGUUUUUACAGUAAUGUUAACAUAUUUAUGGUUUAAUAGUUUCUAUAGUGAAAAUAAAUAUAUAAUUUGUUUUUAUAAGUAUGCGCGUACAUAUCUUUUUUUCCUUCUCCCCAUUUAUUUAUAAUAGAAUCUGAUAAAUAAUUUAUAUUCAAAUGUUGACUUGUGUUGUUCUUAAUUAAUUUGCCAGUCAAUUGUUAAUAUGUAUUGAGUAUACAUAAACAAUAAACAAUUAUUUAAAUUUAACUACAUUAUGUGUAAAUUGUUUGCUUAAUUUAACCAUAAAAUGAUUUAUGUUCAUUAGUUAAAACAAAUGUGCAAUAAGUAUUAGUAUUUUGUAUUAUUUAUUUACUAAAGUAAUUAUCAUAAUAUUUAUUUUAAUUUUAUUAAAAUAUAUCGUUAUUUAAAACCAAAAAUUAACAUUAUAAAUAUAUUAAUUAAACUUAAUGCUUCCAAUACAUUUAAAACUUAAUUUUACAACUAGUUGUAUUAUGUAUUUUGUGCUCAUUUUUGCUAUUUUUAACUAAGAUGUUGUGCAUGUUUACUUUAUUUAUCUAAGAAAUUAUUAUUUUCUGUCAAUUUAAUAAUUUUGGUUCUUUUUACUUUUUUUUUCUGUGCAUGCUGCAUGAUUUUUUUUAUGCUAUCUUAUGCUAUAUAAUCAGAAACGUGGCUUUUUUAACAUACUGCGCGUUAUACGCAACCUAUCCACUGAAAGUCCUCAAACAUCUCAAAGUGAUCUAGUAAGUUGCAUGGAUAACAUUUAUAGUGGGCAUUAUGCACUAGUUAUUUGGUAUUAUUAUUUAUUAUUUAUUAAUUUUACAUAUUAGAAGCAUUUCUUUGUUCUGUACAAUAAUUAUAUUAUAUUACAUAACAAAUAUUUAUUUUUAGUGUACAUUAGUUGGCUCUAUACAAUCCAGUCAAGAAGUCAUUUUAUCACCAAACAGAGAACGACAAGUCACAAGUAAUAAGGUAAAAUUAUUUUCACAAAUGACCUUGUAGUAUUCUUAAAUAACGUUUUUUUUUUUUUUUGUAUUGUUAAUAAAAUUAUGUUGUAUUAUUAUUAUUAAUGUGCAAGGACAAUGACGAAAUGUCAAUCUACAGUGAUGAUAAUGAUGAUAGUGUAUUAUUAAUCAAUAAGGUAUUGAUUUCAUUAAAGACUGUUAUAAUAUUUAUUAUUAUAUCCUGUAAAUCCAAAUGUACAUAGUACAAGUCAUAAAUAUAUUUAUACACGAACAUCAUACAUUAUAUGAUAUAUAUUUAAUACCAGUAGAUCUAUUCCUGUAUACAUUUUAUUUGUAUUGAUAUAAAAACUUUCACCUUUGUUUGAAAAUUAUAAACUCACAUUAUUAAGCAUUUAAGUUUUAUGAAAUUGCAUUUUACUAUUUUCAGUCUGGAAUAAAAGGUUGGCAAGAUGGAUCCAAGCUUCCAGGUCAUACAUUAGGUAACUUAACCCCUGCUGAUCGUCAUGGAAGUGUUCAGGUAAUUUGUCAUAGUAACCAUGAUAAAACACAUGUUUAAGAAACAUAAUAUUUACAUUUUAUACUUUACUAAUAAUAGGUGGUAAGCUCGACUAAUGGUGAAUUGGCUAAUGAUGAUCCAACUGCUGGCCAUUCCAAUACUCCUAUUACAGCACAAGCUGAAACAGAAAUUGUCGACGAUACUAAGUAUGAAAUUAAAGAAGCAAUUAUACCUAUUUAAUAUUUUUUUCCUAAAUUAAAUCUUAUGCUGCUUAUAGGUGUUGUUGUUUUUUUAAACGUAAAAAGAAGAAAACUCCUCGACCUAAGUGA